AUGCAUCUGCCUUCGGGACCCACAAUGGUGGCCAACACCACAGCACAUACACAAGUCCUGGCUGCAGCGGCGGCGGCAGCAGCAGCAGCUGCGGCUGUAAACAGUGGGAGUAGUAGUGUGGCGCCCAACGCGGGGCACAAUAUAAGCACACACUCAACGGCAAGCUCCACGGGCAGCUCCACGCCUGAUACCAGCGCCAACAACAGCACCAGCAACAACAAUAACGGCAGCUCCAGCAACAAUAACAACAACUCGGCCAAGAUGCCCAGCUCGAUGACAGAUAUGUUUGCUAGUCUACACGAAAUGCUGCAGGAAUACCACGGAGAGUUGGCCCAAACGGGAUCUCCCUCAAUACUCUGCAGUGCGCUGCCGAACCACUGGCGCUCAAACAAAUCUCUGCCGGGCGCAUUCAAGGUGAUCGCUCUGGACGAUGUGCCCGACGGCACUCCAGUUACGAUCAAGUGCGGGAACGAUGAGAACUACUGCGGCGAGCUGCGCAACUGCAUGACCACAAUGAAGAAUCAGGUGGCCAAGUUCAAUGAUUUGCGUUUCGUGGGUCGUUCCGGACGGGGCAAGUCAUUCACACUGACCAUCACGAUUGCAACAUAUCCAGUUCAGAUUGCCUCGUACACGAAAGCCAUCAAGGUGACGGUCGACGGGCCGCGGGAGCCAAGAAGUAAGCAAAGCUAUGGCUAUCCACAUCCCGGCGCCUUCAAUCCCUUCAUGCUGAAUCCAGCCUGGCUGGAUGCCGCCUACAUGACCUAUGGCUACGCAGACUACUUUCGGCAUCAAGCCGCUGCCGCUGCUGUGCAUCAUCCAGCUUUGUCGAAGCCCUCGCCUCCCAGCAGCAGCAGCGUCCUGUCCCCAGGCAGUGCCAAUGCGGGUUCUAUUGCGCCGGGCGGUGCCGUGCCAACGUCCGAUUAUCAUCAUGUGAAUGCUGUCGCCGCACAACUGACGCCACCACCACAGGUCCCGCCAAGUGGUGUAGCCACACAGCCUGCGGCCGCUUCAAUGUUGCCUUCACCGCCCGUUGCCACCGCCGCUUCUAAUGCAUACGGCAUGCCGCAAUUUCCCUUCAAUCAUGUGGCCGCUGCUGCUGCAGCCGCCGCUGCUGCCGUUACGAAUCUUCCCCAUGCCUUCCAUCCGUACAACUUUGCCGCCGCCGCAGGACUGCGGGCUCGCAAUGCAGCGGCAGCAGCUGCCGGUCUCCACAAUACAUCGGCGGACUCCACGCACUUGAGUGGUGCACACAUCAGCCCCGCCUCUUCCCGCCCCUCCUCGUCAUCGCCACCCACGCAACAGCAACAUGUGCUCCUCAAGCUGAACACCUCCAUCGAAACGAGUUCGAUUCACGAACAGAGCGCCUCCGAUGCGGACUCGGACGAUGAACAAAUCGAUGUGGUUAAGUCGGAGUACGAUUUAGACAAGUCCAUCGACUCCACUCGCUCCUCGCCCACGCAGCACAUUACGGUGCCGCUGCGAAUGCGUUGCGACCUGAAAGCGCCAUCAGCAUUGAAGCCCCUCUUCCAUGAGUCGUCGGCGGCCGUGGCGCGCCAAACAUCGCCGGAGACUACGCUGCCGGCGGCUACAAAGCUAAAGAAUGUGGUGGCGCAACAGAAGACAGUGUGGCGACCUUACUGA